CAUAUUGCAAAAAUAUAUACAACAUCCUGAUUGUUACAAUUUCUGUCAGCAUGUGACUGAAAUAAUUCACCAUGUGUGAUUCAUAGCCAAAAUAAUCACUUUCACAUUCUUUUUACAAUGUAUAGAAUUUAUGCAUGAAGCUUAGGGGACUCCUGGGGAGAUGUUUUUCAGAUUGGCUGAUCUGAUGAUGUUGGGAAAUUCGCUUGGUCCUGUCCCGUGAUGGCAACCCCACAGGCAGCCAAAACUGUUAUCAAAGCUCAUUUUAGUUAAUGAAUGACCUGUUAUUGAGGUCUUUGUCAUGUCCAAAACAUCCAGGGGGCUCCCACAAUUUACCUCCACAUUCACUCUUUCAGGGAUUUGAAAAGGUCACAAAAAUGCUCAGAAAAAGGGAAAUUUUGUCCAUCUGAAGCAGAAUAUUGGUGAUACCUCUUCAUGCUGAGUAAUGUUGUUAGGUUCAGUCUGAGUGAAAUGCAGGGUAAGUUUGGUAAAUGUUUUGUGUGAGUAAGGCAUCUGGGGUUGGCUUGCAACACUUCUCUUUAAUAUUAAUGGAGCUUUCAUCUCCCCUUUCCUAUCAAAGAAAAAAAAUUACUUUGUUUAAUGAAUGAAACAUUUUGCUGAGGAUCGGGAAAAAAAUGUAAUGCUGAUGAUAUGUGAGGAUACACUUCCACUUUCCCAUUCAGAUGCAAUCUGUUUAAAAUAUAAACGGCGAAGAAUUUCAUUCGAGUUAACUGAAUGAUUUACAGACUGAUUAAUAAUGAAAAAAAGGCUGUUUUUGGCUUUUCUUUUUCCCCCAGGUAGCCUACAGUAUAAUGCGCUUGUGUAUAACGCUUCAUAUGAAAGAGGAAGCACGGAAGUAAAUAUUUAUUACUAUUUCCUCAUAGACUCGGAUUUUCCCAGAUGAUGGAUACGACAGGUAUAAAUUCGUAAGCACUUCAGGAAAGCUUUAACAGUCAGGCCCAACGCACCCUGAACACUGAACUUGAGCAUCUCUGCGGGUCACCCAAGUUUUGAAAAUAAAGCUCGAAUUAUGUGGUCUCCGCUGUUUUUUGGAAUAGUUUUCUUCUUGGUGUCGGAGAACAUCGUGAAAGGAACGAAUUUGGGAUGUUUCAGUGAAUGUGAACAUGGGUUCAAGAAGAUUCACAAGCUGCUUCAGUCUCGGCAUCAUCACAAGCACGCGCGUCUGCCGCCCGUCCAUCAUAAGGCGGACUCCUGUGGAGAUUUCGUUCGGUCUUCAUCGGCACUCAAUGAUCGCUCACUGUCCCCCUGGCGGUUAAGAAUUGUGGAAAAUGCAGACAUGUACCCCUCAAAAUACGAGGAAGCAGAGUGUUUGUGUGAAGGAUGCAUCAUUAACGGGGUUGAAAAUAUGACCUACAACUCUGUGCCUGUGAACCAAACUCAUUUAUUCCUGAAGAAGGUUCCUUGCCCGUCUGACCCCAAAAAAUACUCCUUAGAGUAUAAACUUGUGUCAGUGACUGUAGCCUGUACCUGUGCAGUUCCUAAGCAGUAAGAGAGGAUGAUAUAGACCACAACUGUAGAGACUUGUCUCAUGUACCAUGUUGUGUUUGUUUUAAAAUGCAAUUUUUGAUAAGGUACUUACAUUGUUUGAUAUGCUUAUAUGUAUAAGCUGAAAAGUUGCAUGUUUCACAUGGUUUAUUUUUUAAGCAAACCAACAUAAUCUUUCUUGAAAGGUUAUUGGUAUUACUGUAAAACACUACUUUAUUUGGGCUUUAUUUAUUUAUAUGAUAAUAACUUAUUUACUAUUUAUUUAACUUUUAUGUACAUUAUGCUAAUAUGUACAUUUUUAUCUUGCGCCUAUCUGUCAUUUUGUGGAAUCAGGCCUGAAAUUCAGCUCUGUCAGUGACAGGAAUUGUUAGUUUAAUUUUGUCUCAGUGAUGAUAAAAUGUUUUAAAAUGUUUGUUUUGUUUCUCUCUCAACUUUGCAUUUUGUC